UUUGUGAACAGUGAGUGCCAUCUGAUGGCCAACACGUGUGUUGUUUGAGUGUUGACUCGCUGUGACAGUCGUCUUACCACUCAUUGUCUUUCAAGACAUGUCUUCGGCUUUGGAUCAGUUGGAGACCAACUUGGAGUCGCUGACAGAGAAUGUCCGGCAAUUGGGUAUAAUCGUGAGCGACUUCCAGCCCCAGGGUCAGGGACAGACAGCUCUCAACCAUAAACUCAAUCAAAUCGUAACCUCAUUGCAAGACAUCGAUCGCAUCAAGAAUGAGAUGAACGGCAAGAAUAGCGACAUUCAGGUGCCUCUGGAAGUGUUCGAUGAUCACAGAUAUACAUCUGAUGUCAGUCCCAAGCGAUGUGACAAAACAACUUGGCUACUCCCUUCCUUAGGAGUCAACAUAUGCAAAGACUGUAUGGAGAAAGCGCUGCAGAAGAAUGAGCUCAUGAAGGGAAAGAUCGACUCAUAUCGGAGAUUCAAAGCCAUGCUUUUGGUCGAGUUAUCCAAAGUGUUUCCCAACGAAAUGGGCAAAUAUAGGGCCGUUAGGGGCGAUGAGAGGUCUUCCAACUGAUGACAUGCCUGUCCACCAUCACAGCCCACACUAUACACACCACUCAACCAUUAAUUUCUUAAUCUAUUUGUAAUAAUUGUGUUUCAAGUGAAACACUAAAACGUUAACUAUAUUGACGAGUAUAUUAUGUAUCGUUUGUGCGAUUAAAGUGUUGAUUAAAAAAGCAAAACAAGUUUUAAUCACUGUUUGAGUCAUAGAAAA